GUCGCCUCCCUAUGGUCGCUGGGGUCCCUGUGGUGUGCCCACCCUCAGCACGGGGCCCUCAGGGAGGGACUUCUGCCUUGCGCCAUUCCACCAGUGGGCAGCCGGAUCCUAGUGAGGCAGCGCGCUUUUCCAGAAGCUGGAUUCAGUCCAAGCAGACGCACUGCUGCUUCCAGCUGCACAUCCCUCCCUCCCCAGUUGUAGACGCAGAUCCAUCAGGCUUUCUAUGAUGGACUUCAUUGCUUUUGAUGCGUUUUGUGGAUCUAUCGAUGAACUUGUGCCGGGUCUGUCCUCUGGGUAAUUUUUGCGGGUUAUCCGUGUGUCUUUUUUUUCCCCGUUGUGAUUACUUUGUUGGUGUGGAUGGACAUCAAAAGUGCAUAUGCCACUUUUCGGAAGCUACUGGAUUUAUUUUCACCAUCCUUGUGGCGUUUAUCGGCCUCAGGAAUCUCUAGAUUGAUCGGAUGAAAUAAAGGAGGAGGAUGUAUGGAAUAAACAAGCGCUAUUUUUACAUAUCGUUUAAUUUUUUUGUUCUGUGGUGCCACGCUCAGGGGGAGAAUCACUCGUCUCCUAAUUUUAACCAGUAUGUGAGGACGCAGGGCGCAACGACGGACCAGCUCAGCCGCAGGCAGGUCCGGGUGUACCAGCUCUACAGCCGCACCAGCGGGAAACACGUGCAGAUCCAGGGCAAGAGAGUCAGCGCCACCGCCGAGGAUGGGAACCUGUACGCUCGCCUGUUUGUUGAGACUGACACCUUUGGCAGUCGAGUGAGGAUACGAGGUGCAGAAAGUGGGCUUUACCUCUGCAUGAACCGGAAGGGCAAACUUGUUGGAAAGCCAAACGGCCGCAGCAGGGACUGUAUCUUCACUGAGAUAGUUCUGGAGAACAAUUACACAGCCCUGCAGAAUGCAAAGUAUGAAGGCUGGUAUGUGGCUUUCACCAGGAAAGGGAGGCCCAUCAAAGCCUGCAGGACAAGGGAGAACCAGAGAGAGGUCCAUUUCAUCAAGAGGCUUCACACGGGCCCGCCUCCCUUCCCCAACACGGACCAAAGCAAAUUUGAGUUCAUUCGAUUUCCAUCCACACGUCGAGCAAAGCGGAACCGGAAAUCCCGUACCUCUGUCUGACAAUCAGCCAAAGCAUUGGACUUGUUAAAGUUGAGAAAAAGGAACAAACAGAAGCAGUUUUAUUUUUGUAUAUUUUUUAUAACUGGGUUGUGAUUUAAAUGUCAUAGAUCUAAAGCAAUAAUGCUGUAAAAUCAUUGUGUAAAUACUGACAGAGAAUAAAAAAAACAAUUAUA